AUGUCUUUCUCCAACGGCGGUGGAGGGACGCUUGCCCUUCCUUCGCCGACUGGACUUCACGGAGAUUCUGGUCCUUCGUCUGUGCGCACUCUGCGCCGCUCACUGUCGCGCUCGCCGUCCCGUUUUCACCUGGCGCGCGCCGAGUCGCACAACUCGCAACACUCGGACAGCUCCAGCAGCUCUGCUCUGCCGUCGCCUUGCCCGCAACCCCAGACAACAACACCGGCCCACGCGCUGCCAGCAUCCCUAUCCGCCUCCUCCUCAGCAUCGUCCAUCAGCAGCGAUUACAACUUUACUUCUUCAGCACCACUGGCCGGUGUCGCAAACACACCCGCCGCACCUCAUUCUGCGCAUCCGGCCCAGACGGGCCUCUUCUCUACUCCUCUCCGCUCCGGCGUCAAGCUGUCCCUGCGCUCUGUGCGCCCCAAGACGGCUUCCGCCAAGUCUGUGUCGCGCCUUCGGUCGUCGCCCAAGAGCCCGCUAAAGCGUGCCCUGAGCAUCAACUCGGAUAUGGGCAACGCCACACAGUCCGCUACACCUCAGUCCGCUGGCCCAUCGACAGCCCUCUCCGAGCCGCUUCUUGGCCAAGAAAAUAGCAGCGCUGGCAGCAAGUUUAGCAGCCUGCUGCUCGCGCUCGGCUCAUCACCGCGUAACAAACUGGAUAAGCCCUCGCGACACAGCAUGCACCUUGAUCUGUCAGGGGACUCCCGCCUCGACUCUCUGGCAUCGACUAUUUCGAGCCCGCUCAAGCGCAGCGACGCCAUCAUGAACCUCGAUCAGGUCAACCCCGGCAGUCCAGUGGCCAAGCGCCGCAGUCUGCACGGCAUUGCUAGCCUGGGUGGUGAUUUCAGCGUCUUUGACUUUGGCUCGCCUGCCGCAGCACCGCCUGCGCGUACUUCCUUUGAAAUUCACGACGACUCCAACAACUGCGACCAGCAAACCACAUCCGCUGGUGCUGGUGCUGCCACCGCCAAUGCUGCGUUUCCUGCUGCUGGCGGCCCUACGUCCACUUCCAUCUCUUCUCCUACUCCUACUACCGAUCUCAACUCAUGCACCUCCUCCGUCAUGGCCAAGCGUACCUCUUCGCUGCGCAAAUCAACCCUGCAGCAGCGUCAUGAUCCCCGCUCCUCUUGGGGCCGUCGGCAAGGCGAGAAGUAUCUGGCUCAACAGCAACUGCAACACCAACAGCAGCAGCAGCAGCAGCAGCAACAGCAGCAACAAGCGGCACCAACAUCACCACAUCUGCAGCAGCCAAAGAGAGCACCAACCGAGUGGCUUUUCUCAGCAACCAAUGUUCGUAACAAGCCUCGCGCCUCUUUGGAUCAGCUUCUGAAACCCGAGCCGCGCGACAGCCCGUUCAAAGCGAAAGGCCCGCUUCCGAACCCGUCUGUCCAUCCCAUCGACCGUCCCGCUAGCCUAGCAGGCGCCACUCACACCCACCAACCCCAUCCGCUCUCUCGCACUCUUACUACGUCGUCCUCUGGCUCGAGCCUACCGGAUGAUUCUCCUACGCAUUUCCCUGUGCAGCAACCUCCGGACCGCCCGAGACCGACGUCAAUUUUUGCCCGGUCCUUGCCUCUAAACGCCCAUCGCCCGAGGCCUGACCCCAUUGCCACACCCCAGUACAAGGCGGCGCGUCCGCUGCAAUCUGUUUUUGCCUCCGCUGGUCUCGUCUCGAAGAUGAACCACAACGGCGAGGACGAUGCACUCCAGCAGGCCAACAGUCGCCCCAUGAUCAUGCCCGACACCCCGUGCAAGAAACAGGUCUAUCCGUCCAACACUUACCCGCCGUCGUCUGGUAGCGGCCGCAAGCAGCAGCAGCAGCGUCGCUUCUUCUUCUCCGCAGCACCGGAGACACCAUUUAACACGGGCUCAGGGCCUGCACAGCCGCGUGGCUCUCCCGCCAACAAUACCAGCGAGAGCGUCGCCAAUUUCUUCAAGCGGAGAUCCGCUCAUACUAGGAAGGGGAGCAUUCUCAGCCUGGAUGGCGACAUUGGCGACAGCCAGGGUGCUGCUGACGGCUUUGACCUGCCUCCCACGCCCACCAAGUCAGUCCUGGCCAAAAACCUGUUUGGCAGCGCCAGCAAGGGCAGCUCUACACCCAUCGCAAUUCGGGACGUUGCUGUCACCGGUCCUCUCAGCUUUACACCUGAUGCUGCUGUGCCUAGAGAAGCCUCAAUGCCUCUGUCAAGCCCUGUUGAGAGCUCAAGCUCCGAGAAAGUGUCCCCCAAGACGCCCCGCGAGUGCAGCAUUCUGCACCAUAGCGACUUUGCGAACAGCAUGGCCCCACCGGAUGCCAGCCGCCUGUCCAUCUCUGGCGGCCCAUCUCAGCACAGCGCACCAAAGAUGUCGGUCGCGCUGCCCACGAACAAGUCAAGCUCCAUGAUCUUCCCGCCCGCCACGCCCACAACCGACCGGGAAGCCUAUGCCAACUUUGUGGAUCGCCGCGUUAGUAUCACACCCGUCCACGGUGCUGCUCCCAAUGAUACAGAUGUUGUCCUGGCUUCCAUGUUUGGCAAGGUCGAGUGCGUCGGCCGCGGCGAGUUCUCACAGGUCUUCCGCGUCAACACUCGUGACUCGUCCGUGAACGGUGGCGGGCCUCUGGACUACUUCAGCGCUACGCCGAGCAAGCGCGUUUCAACCCGUGCAGGAAACAACACGCCCUCGCUCGCAAGGUCGCAUUCGCAUUCUUCGGCCCCGCAUGUCUUUGCCGUCAAGAAGGUGCGCCUACCGUACUUUGGGCAGAAGGAACGUGCGGCCAAACUGAGAGAGGUGGCCGUGCUCGAGGCCGUCCGCGAUCGCGAGAAUGUGCUGCAGAUCUUUGACCACUGGGAGCAAAAUGGGCACCUCUACAUUCAGACCGAGUACUGUGACGAGGGUGGUAUGGACAGCUUCCUUAAGAAGGUGGGCGAGCACGGCCGGCUGGAUGACUUCCGCAUCUGGAAGAUUCUUUUGGAAGUAUCUCAGGGACUGCGGUACGUGCAUGACGCCGGCUUCAUCCAUCUGGAUUUGAAGCCCGCCAACAUCUUCGUGACGUACGAGGGCCAUCUCAAGAUCGGCGACUUUGGCAUGGCGACGUCAUGGCCUGCGCCCAAGGGUAUCGAGGGCGAGGGCGACCGCGAGUAUAUGGGCCCAGAGAUUCUCCAGGGCCGUUACGACAAGCCUGCCGAUGUCUUUGCCCUUGGCCUGAUUGUUCUUGAGAUUGCCUGCAACGUGUUCUUGCCCGACAACGGCCCCAUCUGGGUCGCUUUGCGUGAAGGUGACAUGUCUGUUGUGCCCAGCCUCACUGCUGGCGAGGCCAACGCGCUCGUCCGCGACUCAGCCGGUAUGCCGGUCGUUAAUGAUUUCGACAACUCGUCCCAGGACGGCCACAGUCUGACGGCCAGUCUUGACUUGGCUUCGACCACUCCCGGUCGGAACCCACCUGUCGACUUUACGUACCCCAUCCAUCCCGCCGGCAACCUUUUUGGCGCUCUGUCGCCAAAGAAGCCCAUUGGCCUUGAGCGCCCGCCACCCUUCAUGGUCGACGCGAACCAUCCGGGCUCACUUGACUCGGUCGUCGCCCACCUCAUCAACCCCGACCCGGCCAGACGCCCAACCGUGCACGAGAUCCUCGAGAUCGACUCGCUGCAGUGGGUGUUUGGUCGCCGCCGGGCGCCUGCCACAAUUUUCGAGGGCAACUGGGGCCCCGAGUACGACGAGGACGCCACGCAGGCCUCCUUUGUGGAGUAUGACACGGAGAUGACAGACGUUUGA